UAAGUAGUUUGUGUCUUCCAAACACAUUAAAAAAAACAGAGAAAGGUGAAAAAUGGGUAAGGGAGGUCAAUCCUGCAAUGGCGUGGUUAGAGAUGCCAAACCUGUUGAGCAGGAAAACAUGGCUGCCUGGCUCGUCGAUGUUAACACCAUCAGGAUCCUACCUUUCAAGCUCCCCGAUAUUGGACCCAAUGAUGUUCAAAUUCGGAUUAAGGCUGUCGGCAUUUGUGGAAGCGAUGUUCACUACCUCAAGAACAUGAAACUGGCGGAUUUUAAGGUGAAAGAACCAAUGGUGAUCGGACAUGAGUGUGCUGGGAUCGUAGAAAAAGUUGGGAGCGACGUGAAGCAUCUGGUUUCUGGUGACCGCGUGGCGGUAGAGCCCGGCAUCAGCUGCUCACGUUGCCAGCAGUGCAAAGGAGGCCGCUACAAUCUCUGCCCCGACAUGAAGUUUUUCGCCACCCCACCGGUUCAUGGUUCCUUGGCUAACCAGAUUGUGCACCCUGCAGAUCUAUGCUUUAAACUGCCGGAAAACGUGAGCUUGGAGGAAGGAGCAAUGUGUGAGCCCUUGAGUGUUGGGGUUCACGCUUGUCGGCGAGCCAAUGUUGGUCCCGAAACAACUGUUCUGAUCGUCGGAGCAGGGCCGAUUGGGCUGGUUUCCGUGCUCGCUGCUCGUGCCUUCGGAGCACCAAGAAUCGUCAUCGUAGAUAUGGAUGAUAAGCGUUUAGCCAUGGCAAAGUCUCUGGGAGCUGAUGGAACCGUCAAAGUUUCGGCAAAAAUGGAGGAUUUAGAUGACGAAGUUGCCAAGAUUAAAGAAACCAUGGGAGCCGAAGUUGAUGUGACCUUCGACUGUGUGGGUUUCAACAAAACCAUGUCUACGGGCCUCAAUGCUACUCGUCCCGGCGGCAAAGUUUGCCUUGUAGGAAUGGGGCACAGCAUGAUGACAGUCCCUCUGACUCCGGCUGCCGCCAGGGAGGUUGACGUGGUUGGAGUUUUCCGGUAUAAGAACACAUGGCCUCUUUGCCUAGAGUUUUUGAGAAGCGGAAAGAUCGACGUGAAGCCGCUUAUUACCCACCGGUUUGAAUUUACCGAGAAGGAGGUGGAGGAAGCAUUUGCAACCAGUGCUCGUGGGGGUGACGCCAUUAAAGUCAUGUUUAAUCUAUAGUAAAUAAACCAUUAAGUUUAUGAAUUUCGGAUUCAUCGAGAGGACAAGUUUUUGUGAUGGUUUGGAAAAUUGGAAGUCAUCGUCUCGGAUGAAGAAUGGUCUUGUUCUUAAGUUCCGGGAAACUUGUUGAUGUACAGAGACCAUUGUAUAGCUGUAUUAGAUCUCGGCAUGCACCACAGUAGUAAAUUCAUUAUUUAACAUGAGUCCUUCAAUACAUAAUAAUUGUGUGCGUACGUAUGCAUGUAACUAAAUUGUCUUCAAUAUAAAUCAUUUUUCCGCCAAA